AUGGAGCGUGCACGCAGGCUAGCAAACAAAGCCAUCCUCGGGCGCCUGGUUUCACAAACCAAACAAAACCCAUCAUCCCCUGCGCUCUAUUCUCCUUCAAGGUAUGUCUCCUCUUUGACUCCAUACGUAUGUAGUGGUAGUGGCAGAAACGUUAGAUCAGAACGAACCAUUAAUGGGUUCGGUUCGCAUACGCAAUCGCAAGUUCGAUCUAUAUCAGUAGAUGCAUUAAAACCAAGUGACACCUUCCCACGCCGCCAUAACUCCGCCACCCCAGAUGAACAAACCAAAAUGGCCGAAUUUGUCGGUUUUCCAAAUCUCGAUUCCCUCAUUGACGCCACUGUACCCAAAUCAAUCCGUCUUGAAUCAAUGAAGUUCCCUAAGUUCGAUGAAGGCUUAACCGAAUCCCAAAUGAUCGCACACAUGCAAGAUUUAGCUUCCAAGAAUAAGAUCUACAAGUCCUUCAUCGGUAUGGGAUACUACAACACAUCUGUUCCUCCAGUCAUUCUAAGAAACAUCAUGGAAAACCCUGGUUGGUAUACACAGUACACUCCAUAUCAGGCGGAAAUUGCACAGGGACGUUUAGAAUCCCUGCUCAAUUUCCAGACCAUGAUCACCGAUCUCACUGGUUUACCCAUGUCAAACGCUUCCCUACUCGAUGAAGGAACUGCAGCUGCUGAAGCUAUGGCGAUGUGUAACAACAUCCAAAAGGGUAAAAAGAAAACCUUUAUUAUCGCAAGUAACUGCCACCCACAAACAAUCGAUAUCUGUAAAACUAGAGCAGAUGGGUUUGAUCUAAAAGUCGUCACUUCUGAUCUCAAGGAUUUCGAUUACUCAUCUGGUGAUGUGUGUGGAGUUCUUGUUCAGUAUCCAGGGACCGAAGGUGAGUUGUUGGACUAUGGUGAGUUCAUCAAGAACGCACAUGCAAACGGUGUGAAAGUUGUCAUGGCUACUGAUUUGUUAGCUUUGACUGUGUUAAAACCUCCUGGUGAGUUUGGAGCCGACAUUGUUGUGGGUUCUGCUCAAAGAUUUGGUUGUGGAUUCUUCCGGAAGCCGGCUUUACGUAUGGCCAUGCAGACAAGAGAACAGCAUAUUAGAAGAGACAAAGCAACCAGCAACAUUUGCACAGCUCAGGCAUUGCUUGCAAAUAUGGCUGCUAUGUUUGGUAUCUACCAUGGACCAGAAGGGUUAAAGACCAUUGCACAAAGAGUUCAUGGUCUUGCUGCAACUUUUGCUGCUGGGUUGAAGAAGCUUGGAACAGUUCAAGUUCAAGAACUUCCCUUUUUUGACACUGUGAAGAUAACAUGUGCUGAUUCGAGUGUAAUAGCUGAAGAAGCUGAUAAACAUCAGAUGAAUCUUCGUAUUGUGGACAAAAACACUAUCACUGUCUCUUUUGAUGAGACAACAACGAUUGAAGAUGUUGAUAAUCUGUUCAAAGUUUUCGCCUUGGGAAAACCCGUGACAUUCAGUGCCACGUCACUUGCACCAGAGGUUGAGGAUGUUAUCCCUUCCGGACUUGUCAGGGAGACUCCAUAUUUGACUCAUUCGAUUUUCAACAUUUACCAUACGGAGCAUGAGCUACUAAGAUACAUUAGUAAGCUGCAGUCAAAGGAUCUGUCAUUAUGCCACAGUAUGAUUCCCCUGGGAUCUUGCACCAUGAAGCUUAAUGCAACUACAGAGAUGAUGCCUGUGACAUGGCCAGCCUUUGCAGAUAUGCAUCCUUUUGCUCCUACCCAACAGGCACAGGGGUAUCAGGAAAUGUUCAAGAAUUUGGGUGACAUGUUGUGUACCAUAACCGGAUUUGACUCUUUCUCUUUGCAACCAAAUGCUGGAGCUGCUGGAGAAUAUGCUGGGCUGAUGGUUAUCCCGGGCUUAUCAUAUGGCGAGAGGAGAUCAUCAUCGCAAUGUAAUAUCAAUAUUGAAGAGGUACGCAAGGCUGCUGAGGCAAACAAGGAGUAUCUAUCUGCUCUUAUGGUUACCUAUCCUUCUACUCAUGGAGUUUAUGAGGAGGGUAUUGAUGAGAUUUGCAAGAUUAUUCAUGACAAUGGAGGUCAAGUCUACAUGGAUGGAGCUAAUAUGAAUGCACAGGUUGGUUUAACAAGUCCAGGGUGGAUUGGGGCCGAUGUUUGUCAUCUAAACCUUCACAAGACAUUUUGCAUUCCACAUGGUGGUGGUGGGCCCGGAAUGGGCCCCAUUGGUGUGAAGAAACACUUGGCACCCUACUUGCCUUCACACCCUGUGGUUGCAACUGGAGGCAUACCAGCCCCUGAGCACAGUAAGCCACUUGGCACGAUUUCAGCAGCACCUUGGGGUUCAGCACUUAUCUUGCCUAUAUCAUAUACAUACAUUGCCAUGAUGGGAUCUCAAGGACUUACAGAUGCAUCCAAGAUCGCUAUCUUGAAUGCAAACUAUAUGGCAAAACGUCUUGAGAGUCACUAUCCCAUUCUUUUCCGUGGUGUGAAUGGAACAGUUGCCCAUGAAUUCAUCGUUGAUUUGAGACCCUUGAAGACAAGUGCUGGAAUAGAGCCAGAAGAUGUUGCAAAACUGAAAGCAAGGCUGAGUUUGGACAGGUUUUGUGAUGCUUUGAUCUCCAUUAGACAAGAAAUAGCAGAAAUUGAGAAAGGAACAGUGGACAUCAACAACAAUGUCAUCAAGGGAGCACCUCAUCCACCACAACUACUCAUGGCUGAUAAGUGGACAAAACCAUACUCCAGAGAAUAUGCAGCAUACCCUGCUCCAUGGCUUCGUGCUGCUAAGUUCUGGCCUACUACAUGCCGUGUGGACAAUGUGUAUGGUGAUCGGAACCUGAUCUGCACCCUUCAGCCACCACAGGAGUAUGAAGAGAAAGCUGAAGCUACUGCUUAAGAAAUAAGAAGAUAUACACGUGAAUGAUGUGAGAUGUGGUUUUAAGGUUCUUUUUCAGCUUUAUACAUAAAUCUGUUCUUGUAUAUACCUGUUUCGUAUUUGUAAGCCUUAUAUGGCUGCUGGCUUUUAUGGUAUUAUUCAUGUAAAAUCAUGGUGACCAGCUGCUCUUAAUUAUAGCAAUUCCUUGUCAUGAUGAUGUAUAGAUUUCACUUUUUGUGAAAGAUACCAUCUUAACAAAUUUAAACAAUUUUAGUUACUUUGAACACCAC